GCGAUACGCGUCGGGUCAUACGAUCCACUCUCACGCAUUCUACUGGCUUCCGCCAUAUUACAUUUCUAACUCAAACCAGUUCUAUUAAAAUGUAUCAAAAUGGUGAUUCUUAAACUCGAGAAGUGUCGUCGCGAUACUAAAGUGACAGAGUUCGGUAUGUUCUUCGAACCUAAUCAUCCUAAAAGGUUUUUUAAAUACAGUUGACAAAAAUCUGACACGUUCCGGGAUUUUCGGUUUUGUGUUCUGGAACUGAUAAAUUAACAAGCCAACUAAGAUAAGUAAUCUUUCCCGCGCGUUUUGAUUUUGUAAUUUAAAUUUGGAACAUUCUUUAUAUCGUCAAUUGACGAUUUCAUUUUUAAACGAUGGAGAAGCAAAAGUAUUCACGUGUACAGUCUUAUGGCAGUAUGAGUUCAGCUAGAAGCGACAAUGACAUGACCGUACAUAGCCAGUUGUAUCCUUAUCCGAAGAAAAUGGUCGUAGAAAGAGAAAUACUAUACGAGGAAGAGCAUCCACCUUUUCAACCACUGUUUGCAACCACAAGACUGUUUGGCAAUUCAAGAUUUACGUUGCUAUUGGUGUUAUAUAUAAUAUUUUACUUUGCUUAUUUGGUGUCUGGAGCAUUUGUGUUCUCGGCUUUGGAAGCACCUUUGGAGAAUCAGAUAAGACUGGAAGUGAUCAGAGCUAAACAAGACUUCAUGGUGAAACAUCCUGAUGUUACUGAUGAUGACCUGGAGACACUCCUGGAGGAGGUGGUGCGCGCCAGCAACCGAGGAGUGUCGGCAUCGCGUAACUCUAGCGGGGGUCCCAACUGGAGUUUUGGCCAGUCGCUGUUUUUCUCGUCAACUGUGGUCACCACCAUAGGUUACGGCCACGUAACACCGUUGUCGAAGCCUGGCAAGAUGUUCUGCAUGAUCUACGCAUUGCUGGGGAUUCCUCUGACCCUGGUGCUGCUGUCUGCGCUGGUGGAGCGCCUGCUGCUGCCGGCCACAGCCCUGCUGAGGGCCUUGAAUGCAUCCCUUGGGCAUCUAUACCGCCCGUUCUCUAUACGACUUGUGCAUCUCAUGAUCAUUGUAACAACUCUGGUAGUCUUCUUUCUGGUGGUGCCAGCAGCCGUGUUCGCUAACCUCGAGCCGGACUGGGACUUCCUCGACUCCUUCUACUACUGCUUCAUCUCUCUCACGACCAUUGGACUGGGAGAUUACAUCCCUGGUGACUCGCCCGGCCAAGUGCACCGGCCUCUCUACAAAGUCGCUACCACUUUCUACCUUCUUAUCGGGCUGACAUUCCUCAUGCUGACAUUGACCGUCUUCUACGAUAUACCCCAACUGAACCUCAGCACGGUGUUCUCCUCUGUGAAGCUUGAUGAGGAUCCCGAAAAGAUGCGCCUCAGCGGCUCCGGGGUGAUGGGCCCAGGAUACGGGAUCGGUGGUCUUGUGAUGAGGGAUGAUUACAGUCACCACGACCAGCGCCGUUCGGUGGUACACAUCAGACCACACUUGGAUGAUAGUCCCAGCCCCGAGGACACUACUCCCGUCCACGCCAGAGAUAUGAGGGUACAUUGAAGAGACGGUCCCAAAUUAAAGGACUUCAGCUUUCGUGUAUUUUAAUUUUUAUCAUUUUUAGCAUAUCUCCUUUGGGUAAUGAUACAGUUUUGUAACAGUUGGAUGCUUCCUUUUUAUAUCCAUUACUACAUUUUGCCCGCAAAUUAUUUUUUUAUACUAUGAUGUUUACAAGCACACGUCCCAUCUGAUGGUAAACGGUUACUGUAGCCUAUGGACGCCUGAAACACCAGGAGUGACACGUGCGAGUUGCCGACCCUUAACGGACCUUAACCCUUCUGUCAUCUGUGCAUUAUCAUGG